AUUCAAACGUAGACGUUAUCUAUGCAUGUCAUUAUAUAGUGUAGAUCGAACAUAAAAUAUACUACACCAACAAUUACACACUCAACAAGCACAAAAACAAAAACACGUUUUGUUCUUACAAUGCAGCUCAUAGUCCCGAUUAAUCCUAUCUUAGCACUCCUUCUUUUGCUUCUUGUUGGUCUCAAGAUCUACAACGCUUUGAUGAUCCUUGUUUGGCAGCCAUUUGUGUUGACCAGAAGAUUUAAGAAACAAGGAAUCUCAGGUCCAAAAUACAGAUUCUUGUACGGAAACCUCGUGGAGAUAAACAAGAUGAAGAGAGAAGCUCAGCUUUCAGUCCUUGAUCAAAUCUCCCAUGAUAUUUUUCCUCGUAUUUUUCCUCAUUAUCAGCAAUGGAUAUCUCAAUACGGAGAGGCAUUUCUUUACUGGGACGGAACAGAGCCGAGACUAACCAUCUCAGAUCCUGAACUUGUGAAACAAGUCUUGUCGAGCAAGUCAGGUUUCUUUACUAGAUCGAAGAUAAGACCCGAGUUCCUUAAACUUGUCGGCAGUAAAGGACUUGUGUUUCUCGAAGGUGCUGACUGGGCUCGUCAUAGAAGAAUCUUGAACCCUGCUUUCUCCCUCGAUAGGCUCAAGGUCAUGACAAAAGUGGUGGUGGAUUGCACACUGAGGAUGUUAGAUGAGUGGAGUGAAGACAAAACAGAGAAACUGAUUAUGAAAAAGGAGAUGAACAGAGAAUUUCAUAGAUUAACGGCUGAUAUUAUAGCAACCGCUGCUUUUGGAAGCAGUUAUGCCCAAGGAAUUGAAGUGUUUAGAACACAAAAAGAGCUUAUAGAGUGUUGUGUUAUCUCUCUCACUAACAUUUUUAUCCCUGGAACCCAGUACCUUCCUACGCCUUUAAAUUUCCGGAUAUGGAAGCUGGAUAAGAAAAUGAAGAACUCAGUCAAGAAAAUCGUAGAUUCGAGACUAAAAUCAAAACCAGAUUAUGGAGAAGAUCUUCUUGGAAUCAUGUUGAAAUCUUCCCUGAGCAUUGAAGAGAUAAUUGAUGAGUGCAAGAGUUUCUUCUUUGCAGGCUACGAAAAUAACUCGAAUCUAUUGACAUGGACAACGAUGUUGCUGAGCUUGCACCAAGAUUGGCAGGAGAAACUCAGAGAAGAGAUUUUCAAAGAAUGUGGUAAAGACAAAACCCCAGAUUCAGACACUUUCUCCAAACUCAAACUGAUGAACAUGGUGUUCAUGGAGUCGCUUCGCUUGUACGGACCAGUACCAUUUACAUCCCGACAAACAUCAAAAGAUUUGACGCUAGGACACCUAGAGAUUCCCAAGGGCACAACCCUAAUUUUUCCGCUCAUGAAGAUGCAUAGCGACAAGGUCAUUUGGGGAUCCGACGCCGACAAAUUCAACCCUCUGCGAUUCGAAAACGGUGUUUCUAAAGCCGCUAAUCACCCAAACGCUCUCGUCUCUUUUUCAAUAGGGCCAAGGGCUUGCAUUGGCCAAAACUUUGCCAUGAUUGAAGCCAAGACCGUACUCACCAUGAUCCUUCAACGGUUCCGGCUUAACCUCUCCUGCGAGUAUAAGCAUGCCCCGGUGGAUCAUAUCACUUUACUGCCUCAGUACGGCUUACCCCUAGUGCUUCAGCCUCUGGAUUGAUCUGAUGUCUAAAUGAACCUAUCAAUCUCAAAUUGGGAGCUUUUUGGGCUAAGCUAUUACUGUAGCGUGCUUUAACCGGCUUUACGGGUUAUGUGCUACACUGCUAGUUGAUAUUGCAUACCAGCUGUUGAUAAUAAUGAAACGUAGAAUGUUACUAUC